CUCUCCUCCCCCACUGAGACUUCCACGGCCCUCCUCAUCUCCCAUCACUCCGGUGCGAGGAGUCCCAGACGUUUUGACUUAAACAUCAUCUCCAAACACCGUCUAUCUAUCCCUCCUGGACUGAGAGGGCUUCCGAGUCUCUCCUGUGAAGGUUUCUACCUGCAGCCUUUGACUGUUUUCUUGGGACGCGGCUCAACAUGCCAGAGCCCACAAAGAAAGAUGAGACGCCAAACGGGCAGCCAGAAGAAAGUGUUGCCCCAGAAAGUAAUGGUGCCCCACCCCUACCUGAGAUUUCCCUGGAGGUUUCUCCACCCCCAGAGGCUACAGUAGAGGAGGGGAAUGAGCCCGUAGAGACUGAUGGGAAGAAGCCAGAGCCCACUGAGCCUGAGCCAGUGGAGGCUGUGGUAGCUCAGGAGCCCGGUCCCGCCCAGAACGGCUCAGACCAGCCACAGCCAGGUGGGGUUGAGCUGAAAGAGAGCACAGAGUCCGCGAACUCUGCUGUAAAGGAAGAGAGCCCGAGCUCUCCCCCACCAGCCGAUGAUGAUAAAGCUGGAGCCACGACUCCAUCCCCAACACCUCAACCAGAAGAUGCCAAUUCAACCAAGAAACUCUCAGUUGAUCUUCCUAAUGAUAGCGUCCCUGUGCCAGCCAUGGGGAGAAAAGACUCAGUGUGGUCUCUGGGAGAGGGGCAGCCCCCGGAGGACCUGGACAAGCCCAUCGACACCCCGCCUCUGUCCACCCUGCUGAUCGAGAAACCUCAGAGUAGGACCAUUCAAGUGGGUGGAGACGUCACCUUCAUUGCCAAAGUCGAGGCCAAAGAUCUUCUCCGCAAACCCACCGUCAAGUGGUUCAAAGGGAAAUGGAUGGAUCUGGCCAGCAAGACAGGGAAGCACCUGCAGCUCAAAGAGACCUUCGACCGAGCAACUAAGAUCCACACGUUUGAGAUGCUCAUCAUUAAAGCCAAAGAUAACUACGCUGGAAACUACAGGUGCGAGGUCACCUACAAAGACAAGUUUGACAGCUGCUCCUUCGACCUGGAGGUUCAAGAAUCUGGACAGGGCUCACAGAAUAUUGAUAUUCGAUCCGCUUUCAAGAGAAGCAGUGAAGGACAAGAAGAUGCAGGGGAGCUUGACUUUAGUGGGCUUCUUAAACAUAGAAAUCAAAGGGAGCCCAAGCAGCAGGACGAGGGCCCCGAAGUGGACGUCUGGGAGAUCCUGAAGAAAGCCAGGCCAGAUGAGUACGAGAAGAUCGCCUUUAUGUACGGCAUCACGGACUUGAGAGGCCUGCUGAGACGGAUGAAAAAGAUUCCCAAAGAGGAGAAGAAGAGCGAAGCAUUUGCAAAGAAACUGGAACCGGCGUAUCAGGCGGACAAAGGCGGAAAGAUCCGGCUGGUGGUGGACCUGGCCGACCCCACCGUGGAGCUGAAGUGGUACAAGAACGGACAAGAGAUCAGACCCACGCCCAAUAAUCGGAAGUAUAUUUUUGAGCACAAGGGCACACAGCGGAUUAUGGUCAUCAACAACUGCUCCAUGAACGACGACGCAGCCUAUUCAGUGGCGGCAGGAGAUGAGAAAUGCACCACCGAGCUGUUUGUCAAAGAGUUACCAGUCAAGAUCGUUAAAGAGCUUGAGGCUGUGAAGACCACGGUGAACGAGAGGAUCGAGCUGGAGUGUGAGGUGUCGGAGGAAGGCGCUCAGGUCAAAUGGAUGAAGAACGGUGUUGAAGUGCCAACAGGAGUCCGGUCAAGAUACCGAGUGAAGGCCGAGGGAACCAAACACUACUUGGUGAUUGACGACGCCUCCAGAGAGGACACUGGAACUUACUCCAUCAUGGCCACCGGUGGCACGUCCGAGGCUCACGUUCAGGUUGACUUGAAACCCCUGAAGAUAUACCAGGACCUGCAGGAUAUGAAGGUGCUGUUGGGUCAGCCCAUCAAACUGCACUGUGAGAUCUACCCCGGGAACGUCCCGGGCCGUUGGUACAGGAACGGACAGCUGAUCCAGCCCAACGACCGCAUGAACAUCAUACACAGAAACAAGGUCCAUCGGCUUGAAAUACUGACCAGCACCCUUCACGAUGCAGGAGAUUACACUUUUGUACCCGAGGGAUACUCGCAGAGCCUGUCUGCUAAAAUCCACAUCAUCGAUCCUCCAAGGGUACACCUGGACAGCUUGAACUUCCCAGACAACACCGUCACAAUCGUAGCUGGAAACAAACUUCGCUUGGAGAUUCCCAUCAGUGGAGAACCAGCACCCAGGGUCGUCUGGAUGAAGGGCGAAAGGGUGAUUCUGGACUCAGGGCAUCGUGUUCGAGCUGAAACCUACGGUGACCAGACGAGCCUCACAAUUGACAUCACAGAGCGGGAAGACACAGGCAACUACAAGAUCGUGCUGCAAAAUGAGGCUGGCGAGGCUUCAGCCAGUGUCAAAAUCAAGGUUGUUGACAUUCCCGACGCUCCCGAUGCUCCGCUGGUCACACAAGUGGGUGGUGACUGGUGCGCUAUGCAGUGGGAACCCCCAAAAUAUGAUGGCGGCUCACCAAUAUUAGGAUAUUUCAUUGAGAGGAAAAAGAAACAGAGCUCCAGAUGGAUGAGACUGAACUUUGACCUGAUUAAAGAAACAACAUUUGAACCCAAGAAGAUGAUUGAAGGAGUGCCGUAUGAAGUCAGGAUCUUUGCCGUCAAUGCAAUUGGUGUGUCCAAGCCCAGUGAGCCAUCUAAAGCCUUCACUCCCCUCGCUGUGACCAGUGAGCCCACCAUGCUGGUCGUGGACGACGUGACGGACACCACCGUGACCGUGAAGUGGCGCCCCCCCGAGACCAUCGGAGCCGCUGGGCUGGACGGAUACUUAGUGGAGUACUGCAUAGAAGGAAGUAAUGACUGGACGGUUUCCAACAAGGAGCUGACAGAGAAAACCAGGUACACCAUCACUGGGCUCACACCGGGGAGUAAGAUCCUAGUCCGAGUCCGAGCCAUCAACGCCGCCGGGGCCAGCGCCCCACGGAGCCUGCAGCACGCCGUCCUGGUCAAAGAGGUCAUCGAACCACCAAAGAUCCGAGUCCCGCGACACUUAAAGCAGACGUACACUCGCAAAGUGGGAGAAGCAGUCAACCUGGUGGUGCCGUUCAUGGGCAAACCACGGCCGAAAGUGACCUGGCUAAAGGAGGGCAAGCCCAUAGAGCAGACCCACGUCAGCAUCCGUAACACAGACUGCGACAGCAUCAUCUUCAUCCGUAAAGCAGAGCGCAGCCACUCUGGGAAGUACGAGAUGACGGUGCAGGUUGAAAACCACACGGACACAGCCAUCAUUGACAUACAGAUCGUUGACCUGCCCGGACCCCCGCAGUCUGUGACUAUUGAAGACGUAUGGGGAGGGAAUGUCGCUCUGGUCUGGACCCCUCCAAAAGACAACGGCAACGCCCCAAUAACAGGCUACACCAUUCAAAAAGCAGACAAAAAGACGAUGGAGUGGUACACAUGCAUUGAGCACUACCACCGCACCUGCAUCACCAUCACAGAGCUGGUGGUCGGGAACGAGUACUUCUUCCGGAUCUACUCUGAGAACAUGUGCGGUCUGAGCGAAACGGCCACCCAGACCAAAAAGAGCGCUCUGAUCGUCAAAGAAGGAAAGCAACUGAAGACGCCAGAGUACAAUGACCACGACUUCAAGGAAGCGCCCAAGUUCACGCAGCCGCUCAUCAACACUUUCGCCAUCGCCGGCUACAAUGCGACGCUGAACUGUAGCGUUAGAGCCAACCCGAAGCCCAAAGUGAUCUGGAUGAAGAACAAGAUCGUGAUCCUCGACGACCCGCGCUACCGUAUGUUUAGCAACCAGGGCGUGUGCACUCUGGAGAUCAGGAAGCCGAGUCCGUACGACGGCGGCAUGUACACCUGCAAGGCCGUCAAUGACCUGGGAGAGGCGCAGGUGGACUGCAAGCUGGAGGUCAAAGUCCAAACUCAAGAAUUGUGAAUGUAUGUUCUCAUAUAAGGAGGCUUCACCUUCUACGAACUCAUGCAACGCGGAGUGCCCCUGCACCUGAUUGACAAGUACAUGAAUGAGACGAAGAUUGUCGAGCCGCAAGAGAAGUAAAACUGAGCACAGAACAAAAAUAAGACAAAAAAAAAAAAAAAAGACUUUCACUUUGCAGACCUCUGCCACCACGUUGUGACCCUCUUCUUUUACCUGCUACAGCCUGCUGGUGGAUGGAGGGAAGCGGGGCAAAUGGAGGGUGGUGUACUGGUGUGUGUGUGGUGUAUGCAGAUUUGGAGCUAAUUUCCUGUUAGAAAAAAGUUCAUCUUUGUCACCCUGUUUUGUUUGAAAGACUCAGCUCGGAUGCAGUGUUUCAGCUCAAGCUUUCAUGAGGACAUAUAGUGUGUAAAACAUAUACAAAGCGCUUGUUGCACAACACACCUGCAGUAUUCACAUGUGGAUUGUUAUCGGGAAUGCUUGUUGAAGGUGCCAGUGUACUUCUAAGGAUUGAGGAUGAGAAAUGAGAAUGUAUGAACUGAGGUUUGGUGUCAUCUACGUGGAG